AUGCGUGUCUUGGUGCUAUUGGGUUUAGUGGUAGCAGUGGCCAGCAACCCACUUACAGGGAUCAGAAACCCGCAGUCAUACCAUGAGCUGGUGGGCAUCCCUCUUGCGAAGAGAAUCAAAGAGGCUGAAGAUAAGCUCUUCGCCGGAAAGGAUUAUGAGACCGUAGUGGAACAGCAGGGCAGGAUCGUGGGAGGAAGCGUUGCCGACGAUAAUGCGCAUCCUUAUUUGGCUGGAAUUAUAAUCAAUUUCGUGAACAUCGCUGGCCAAUCUGCCUGUGGAUCAAGUCUUAUAUCAGCCAAUCGUCUGGUAACUUCCGCCCACUGUUGGUCCUAUGGACAUUUACAAGGGGAGAGUUUGACUGUGGUACUGGGCUCACACUUUCUGUUCUAUGGUGGCACGAGGAUAUUUACUUCUACCGUAGUCGUGCACCCGCUGUGGAAUCAAUCCAAUUUGAAUAACGAUAUUGCCGUUAUUUACCUGCCGUUCGAUAUCUCCUUCACAGAGAGCAUCCAGCCGAUUGCGCUGCCGUUAGAUCAUUUGACUGAUCAAUUCGUCGGACAAUGGGCUACUGCUGCUGGAUAUGGCUUCAUCAGCGACGAGCAAACUAGCAUUGAUGUAAAUACCGUUGUGAGUCAAGUAGACCUACAAGUGAUCUCAGUGGAUCUGUGUCAACAAAGCUUCGGUCCACAGUUCGUCGUACAAAGCACCAUCUGCACAUCUGGUGCUGGCGGCGUGGGCGUCUGCAGCGGGGACUCUGGUGGUCCUCUUUACGUCACAAGAAAUGGCGAGAAAAUUUUAAUCGGAGUAAGUUCUUUCGUAGCCGCUGCAGGUUGCACGCUCGGCUUCCCAUCUGCCUAUGCUCGUGUCACCAGUUUCCACCAUUUCAUAUUGGAACACAUGCCAUGA